UAGACAUUUAAUGAAUAAAAUACCUAAAACAAUUUAAAAAAUACUAAUAAAGACGAAUAUACAGAAUUUUCAGAAUACCGAGCUAAUACAUUUAAUCCCAAAGAAGAAAACAGCAAGAAAUAAAAAAAGAUAAUUAAAAAGAUUAUGUUUGUGGAUGUGGAAAAUCUUAUUAUUCUUAUCCUGCACUUUAUACACAUGUUAAAACAAAGCAUAAUGGAAUAAAUUAAGAGGGAACAUAAAGUAGUACUAAUAAUAGUAAUAGAAGAGGGAGGCCUAGAAGAAAUAAUGAUUAAUUAAUGUUGAUGAAUUUAAAUAAAAAUAAAGAUAAAAAAGAAUGCAAAUCUGAUGGAAUUGUAAAAACAUAUUUAUAAAUGGUGGAGAAAUAAGAUAUUUAAUUAUUACUUAUUUAUUAAGAAGGAUAAGGAAAAAGUGAUUAUAAAUAAGGUUUUUUAAUAAAAAAUAAAAAUUCUAAUAAUGGGUUACUUCAAAUUAUGAAUUAAAUAAUGUAGAAUGAUUUUAAAGAAGAAAUUAAUUCGGAGUCAAAAGUCGAUAUUAUUUUAGGAAUUUAUUUAUUAUGUUUAUCUUAAUAUUUUAAUGAUAGAUUUUAUAGAAUUGCAUGUAUUUUAUUUUAAAAUAUUAGAAAUUGCCUUAAUAAAUAUGGAUAUAAUAUUAUUGAAGAAGAAAAAAAAAUAUCAGAAAGUAUUAAAAGUGCAAAUAAUAUAAAUAAUAAUACUAAUUUUAAUAAUAAUUAAUAGCUUUUAUUUACUCAAAUUGAAUGUAUUUAAUAUAUUCCUUUAAUUUUUGAUUAUUUUCUUUUGUAUUUUUUGCCUGAAAACUAACCAUUUUUUGAUUAGAAUUUCGCUAUUUAUUUAAUUAUGGAUUUUUCGAAUUGGCUUUAUAAAAAGUAAUUGACUAAACUUAAAUCUAUUAUUUUCUAAACUCGGUUAAAAUAAAAAAAUGAUUUAGAAUUUUUUUCUAUAUAAGAUUCUUCUUAAAAAAUUUAAUUUAAAUAAAAAUGA